AUAUAUUUAAUUCUGUGGGAAUUUAGCCACAUGGUUGAGUGAUAAGGGAUUGGGCAGUUUUUAAGUACAGCCAUUUCCCUCCACACACCUUUCUUCACCUUGUUUGGUGCCUGCAAUGUGUUGAGAAGACAGAAUGGAAACUCUGUGGUUUUUUCUUGUUGUUGGAUUAGCAUAUGUAUUUUUCUCUGCAGUGGAGGGGAGCACUGGGCCAAUGGAAAAGAAAUCCAAAAAAGCCAAAUUUUCCCAAAUCAAAGAAGAGGACAAUGUUUUGGUUCUGCAGAAGAGCAACUUUGAUAAGGCCCUGAAUGAAUCGAAAUAUCUUCUGGUGGAGUUCUAUGUUGCUUUGUCUGGGCCUUCUCAGAGUUUAGUUGUGGAAUUUGCUAAGGCAGCAAAGCAGCUUAAAGAGGAAGCGGUGGAGAUUCGGUUUGGCAAAGUGGAUGUGACAGAGCAGAAGGACUUGAGAAAGGAAUUCAACAUCCAAGAAUAUCCCACUCUGAAGUUUUUUGUGGAUGGCGAUCGGAAGAAUCCCGUUGACUGCAAAGGAGUUAGGGAGGCCUCUGCAUUCAUCACAUGGAUUCGAAGAAGAAUAGGACCCAGCACUGUGCUUAUUAAUGGUACAGACCAGGCCAUGACCUUCAUAGGCCUUGAAGAUCUGGUUGUGAUGGGGUUUUUCAAGAGACUUCAAGGUGGACCAGUGGAGGUUUUCUAUGAUAUUUCAAGAGAUGUUCCCGAGCUCCCUUUUGGGGUCACAGCCAGUGGAGAGCUUUUCGCAAAGUUUCGCAUCAGAGAAGACACGGUCGUGAUAUUCCAAAAGGGAAAACCUGUUCACAGUGAAGCAUCCCAAGAAGGCAAACUGAAUAAAAUGGACCUUAUCAGAUUAAUAAAAACAUUUACUAUGGAUUUAGUCACAGAGUAUAACCUUGAGACAUCUGUGAAGAUUUUUGAUAUACCCAUUGAAAAUCACAUCGUUCUGUUCAUGCCCAAGAGCUCAGGCGCGUUUGGUGAGGCUUAUGAAAAUUAUACAUCUGCAGCUGUGGAAUUCAGAGGGAAGAUCAUGUUCAUCUUUGUGGACACUGAUGAAAGCAGAAAUGGCCGUGUGAUUGAGUACUUCCGUGUCACGGAGGUGGAAAUCCCAGCGGUGCAAAUCCUAAACCUGACAAGUGAUGCCAGGUACAAGAUGCCUGCAGAUGAUGUGACCCCAGAGGAUGUACGAGGCUUCUGCCAGAGCUACUUAGAAGGAAAAGCAAAGCAACAUCAUCCCAGUGAGGAAAUCCAAGAAGGCUGGGAUAAGGAGCCUGUCAAAGUUCUUGUUGGGAAAAACUUUGACAGGGUUGCCUUUAAUGAGAAGAACCACGUAUUCGUAAUGUUCUAUGCACCUUGGUCUCAAGAAUGCCAGGAACUCUUACCAGUAUGGGAUGAACUUGGCAAGAUGUUUGAAAGCCGUGAAAAAGUCGUCAUCGCCAAAAUAGACUACACGGCGAAUGACAUUCUGCUGGUCAACCUGGAACGCUACCCAUUCUUCAGGUAUUUUCCUGCAGGAUCUGAAACUGAGGUCAUCCCAUACAAAGGGGAAUACAAACUGGAUGCUUUUGCAAAAUUCUUAGAAGAGCAGAUUAAGGACUCAUUAUCAAAGGCUAAACAAGGAGAAGACCUCAUGAAGGAAGAGAAAAAAACUGUGGCAAAGGAAGAACUUUAGGGGGUCUGGAUUUUGUUUUUCCUUGCACCAAGGAGGAGGACGGCUGGCUUCCAGAUGUACAAGAAUUCUGACUGAAUUGUGAGAAUCUAGGAAGGAAUUAAGUGUGAAAAUAAAGAAAAAGCAAACCAAUUC